AUGAAGAGAGGAAGGGGACGGCCACCUAAAAAUAAGGUUCAAAGCUCAAAUUCGCCAGAUGUCUCGAGUGCAAUCAACCAACAUGGCGGACACCGCAGUCCGCGUGUCUCUUCUUCUAUGGCCAUUAAAACUCGAGGUUAUAGCGGAACAACACCACGUAAAUACUACGGGAUGGAAUCUUCCGAUUCCGAUAGCGACAAUGAAUCUAUUUCUAGUCAUGGAUCUUCCAUUUCAAACACUACCAGCUCUAAAACUCGUUAUGUCGAGCCCUUGAAAGUGGUAACUCCUCUCAUUUUACCGCCGUCAUCUGACGAUCUAUUGCUCGAGCCAGAGUGUAUUUUGCAAGCGUUAGGGAUUUACGAGGUUUUAAGACAUUUUAGUCGCAUAGUACGACUCUCCCCCUUUAGAUUUGAAGACUUUUGCGGGGCAAUCCAAACUCCGGAACAAUCUUCGUUACUUGCACAAAUUCACAUCGCUCUACUACGCUUUUUGUUGUUUGAGGAUGAUGCGAGUGGCUUGACAUUCGUUGCUACCGACGAAAAAGACAGCUUCAACAUUCUCUCCUACUACUUAGGUGACUUUACUUGGCCUGAACUUAUUAGAAGCUACAUCUCGUCAGAUAAGACCGAAUUUGGAGACACAGUUACGGCUGUUAGUGGACAUGAUGAAGAUCCGUUCCCUUUUACAACAGUCGAGAACAGAUUGAAGGUUCUCCAGCGACUUUGUGAUCAAUUCUUGGCCUCUAAUUCAGUCAGAUACGACAUAAUGAAUGAAGGAAUAGUCGAAUCAGAGGAUCAUUGUCGCAAUUGCUGCAAAAUGGGCGAUUUACUGUGCUGUGAAAGUUGUCCUGCAGUUUACCAUCUUCACUGCCUGAAGCCGCCGUUAGAAGUGGUUCCCGAAGGCGAUUGGCUGUGUCCCGUAUGCGAGGCUCACCAAAUCAAAGGUGUCACGGAUUGUUUACCUGAUUGGAACAGAGAAGGUUGGCUAAGAAACGCCCCUUUAGGGGUAGACAGGGAAGGAAGAAAGUACUGGUUCUUAGCUAGACGUUUGUUUGUGUAAGUAUUUACUUCCAACAUGGUUGACAUGGUAUAUAUUCAUCAGAACGAUUGCAGUGGUCUUUACCUUUCGUUAACCAUCUUUGCAUGGUUAACUACUGACUUCCUUCACAUUUGUACUUUUUUGAUAGCUGUUUUUGGCAUGAUGAAGUAUGGUUGAACUUAAUGCAUUUGUUCUUUGUUCUAUUUUUGCAAGCUUUGUUUUUUUUAAAAUUAAAAUCAAUUUUAUUAUUUAGGGCCACAGCCAUCACAUUGCUUAAGGGGAUCAAAUAAUGAGCUGGAUAUAAAUUAAAUAGAUUAAUUUUUUCUAUUUUCCUGCACCACUCUGAUUGCAAUAAUAAGCUUACUUGCCAAAGUGUAGGAUUUGAGUAGGCUUAUUAAAGUGGAUCAGGGAGGGGAAUGGGGCUGUCUCACAGGUUUGGAAUUAGAUGGUGUGAAUUAAAUGUCCUUGUGGUUCACUCUUAUCUAUUCUUAAUCACCCUGUUACGGAAAAGCUUUUAAAUUUAACAGGAUGUAAAAGGCAGCACCCUGACUUUUUUUGGUUUAUCUCAAUUUUUUAUGUAAAUGCAAUUAAGGAUUUUUUAGUAAGGUAAAAACCCUUGAAUUGUUGUGAAUCUUUGCCUUCCACCUCUCAGAUGAAAUAAUGGUUGCAUGGUUGUGAAAUAUGUUACAGUCCACAAUUAAUUAAAUUGAGGUUAAUUACUGAAGAUACUCUGUCACUAGUCUGCCAUCCUCUUCUAUUGACUACUUCUUCCUAUGGAGAAGGUUGUGUGGAAUAUACUUAUUCUAAUGUGACCACUAUUUAAAACUAAACCCUUAUAUCAUUAUGCAUAUUACUUUUCUUUUAUUCUUGAGACCCUAGUGUGUGAUUUAGUGAGUCAGGUGUGAUAUUCUAAGGAGGAAUUAGAUGCUAGUCACUCUUAGCAGUCAAGGGGAUCAAAACAUUUUUCAUACUUUUCUUAAUAGGGAAGGUUGUGACGAGACACUGUACUACAGCUGCAAAGCUCACUUGGAUGAACUGUUGAGCUCUCUGGAAGAGGAUGGAAAGGAGAAAAGGCUAAUUUCUGUUCUUAGAAUCAAGUACAAAACCAUGGUGAAACACAUGGAAAUGACAGAAGCUCUUACAGAGGCUUCAAGAGGUAGAGUUAUGAAAAAUGUAAAAGGAACAUUGUGGGAGGAAAACCCAUGACAGAGAGAAAGAACAUUGUGCAGAGCUCUUGGCUUCCUUUAAAAGAGUGCUUAGCUGUUAACACCUCAUGCUGGUUCUUGUGAUUUAAAUUGUUGAAAUUGACUCCAUUUUUCAAAAUUUCAAACAUAUUGAGAAGGCAAGGUCUGGUGAAAACAGAAAAGGCAGGAAAGGCAAAAUUAGUCUUGAUAUGUGGCCACCUUCUGAUUGGUGUCUUAAAUCAGAUUACUGUUUGCUUGGUUCCUUUUUAAAAUAAGCAUGCCGUAUUGUUUGCCCUAGUAUAUUAAUGAUAGUUUAAUUUGUAGGAAAUCUUCCCUCUGGUCUCACCAAAACAAGACCAAAACAGAUUAAAAUGAAAGAAGUAGAAAAGACAACUUCACCUGUAAAAGAGGAAAAAGACCAGGAGAAUGAUGGAGAGUUGGAAGUCUCAGAGGAAAAACUUGCUGUUGGUAUGAAAAUUUGUUUUUUUUCUCCUUCUCUUUGUGUAUUGGUAUGUGUGGUGGGAUUAAGGUCUCCAUCAUUUAACAUAAAUAAAGUGUUAAGCAUGGCUGCCUCAUUGUAGUUAGUGAUGAAAGUCAUCAUUUUCAUUUUCUCUGAAAAGAUGAGGUACUGUAUUAUUUUUCACAGAGAAAGUGUUGGUCAAGGGGUGAUUGUGGAAAGGAAUCCUUUGGGAUUGUAUCAUGGACUUAUCUUGAUUUUAGGAAGAAAAUUAUUGAGAAUGAGCUCAGGAAAUAAAAAUUGAAUGAAAUAUACAUACUUUUAUCUUAGACUGAAGGCAUUUGUAUUUAAGAACAAAAACAAUAGCAAAUUUAGUAUGAGUAACCAGAAAAGGUUUGAAUUCAUUAAGAGCAUAGAGGGAUCCAUCAUAAUGAAAUUUUAUUGGUUGCACUACAUUUUGGUCUUCUAAAAUAAGCUGUGAAGGGAAGAGAAUUCACAAGUGCCAAGUUCUGUAUUUGUCUUUACAUGCAAACAUAACAGUGCAAGGGUAUUUAAUACAUCCUUUGAUACUUCCCUUCCCUAGUAAACUAAUUUGAUGGUAAUUUAUGUAUCCUCAAUUUAACUUGAAUUAAUUCACAUUUGUUGGUUGUAGCAGAAUCACAACAACGCACUGCAGAUCCAGUGGUGGACAGUGGGGUACCUUCAUCAUCAAAGCCUCUUCCAGCAUCAGCCAUCCUCACAUUCAUCCCAGACAAUGAAGUGAAAAAGAUUGUCACUAUGCCUCAGGUUGAAAAUAACAAUAGUCUUGAUGUGGAUAAACAGAUGGUGCUAAGGGAUAGAAGGACAACAGGCCAAGAAAGUCCUUUCACUCGGAAAAGGCCUACAUUGUCUUCCUUUGAAACAGAAGGAGAAGCUAAAAGUAUUGUACCUACAGGUGCUUGUCCUGAGGAAUCCAUGUCUGCUUCAAGUUCAGACGAUAUUGAUACUGAUUUAGUGGAGGAAAAGGAACUUGUCAAACAAUCUUCAAUUACGAUGUCAAUCGGUGAAGAAAAGGGUAGUUUUAAGGUGUCAGCUUCUGGUGAGUCUCUGAAAGAAACAAAAGAGCUAAUUGCUCCUGAAAACACUGUGAAGAAGGAAGAAAAUAAGUCGUCUGGCUUAUCUGAAAAUAGCAUGUUGUCAGAAAGGACUUCUGGUGAUAAAAUGGAAGAAGAGAAAUGUCUCUUAAAGAACCCAAUUUCUGAAUCGGAUGUCAAACCUAAGUUCAGCAAGAGCCAGAAAGAGAUAAUUUCACAAACUAAAACUGUUGGAAAGAGUGAGACUUCUUCAUCCUCUGCAGCAAAUGACAGCAAGACUCUGUCUGUUAGUCGUAAAUCAGUUGAGAAGGACACAAAGCCUGCCACAGUAUCCACUGUUACUCACCCAACAAAGUCAAGUACUGCAGAUGAUGCAGUCACUGCUGUUCAACAAACUAAGCCAGAACCAGUAUUUAGGCUUGGCUCAGAAGCAAAUUACUCCUCCUAUGUCAAUCAGUUUACAAGUAAUCCCCUAGCUCUGACCAAACAACAGCAGUUGGAACAGAGAGAUAAAAAGCGGAGCGUCACAAACAAAUUUAGCCUUGUUGACUAUAAGUGGCAUGGGGAUGUUAGUGGAAGUAAAGAUGUCAUUUUAAACACUUUGCGGUUUUCCAUAGUUGGGCUUGAAAAUUCCAUAGCUUCAACCUUCAUGCACCCUUCUUGGCCAGUGCAGCGUUCCACCUGGGUAAGAGCAGUCCAUUUGUCAAAGACACCUAAAGAAUUUGCCGCAGCUUUAUCUUUUCUGGAGAGCUCAAUACGACCAAUCUGUUAUCUACCUGUGUGGAAUGAUGCAGUUGGCCAUGUGGAGCUGCAUCGCAUGGCGUCUGAAGCCAAGCAGGCCGGAACAAAAAAGAAAGAUCAUAAGGAAGAAGAAGAAGAGCCUGAGCUAGAACAUAAAGGAUUUGGUGAGUGCAUGUUAUUCUGCCUUUUUGUUCUGUUGGUUUGAGAUGAUAGUGUUGUAACUUAAUGUUAUACACCACUUGUGAGAGAUCCUUGAUACCCAGUUGUCAAGAGAAAGAAGGAUCAAGAAUUGAGUUUUGAGUUCAUGAGACAAUGAAAAAAGUUAAUCAGACUUCUAAGCCAACAAUUUCAAGAGAAGGGCGGACUUUUUUUAGUUUUAAAAAAUCGAGUAACAGGGGACUGUCAACUCACCCCUUUGAAUAAUACUGUAAUGAGUUUCAAUGGGGUUUAUCAAAAAUAAAGCUCUGUUGCAUCUGAUUCAGAGUAAGCAAUCUUGAUCACCAUGUUGUUAGUAAUUUUUUAUUGCUGCAUUUAGACCUCACUCUGUGUAAUCUCUCAUUUGAUAACCAUUUGUAACCAUUUGUCACCCUUAGGGCUUAAUAGAGAAUUUACUUGUGGGCAUUUAACUAGCAACUGAAGGACGAUGCUCUUUUGAUAAUUUAUCGAUUCAUUUCUUUUUCAAUCAGUGAAUUACACAUGGGUGCCACACCACCAAAUUUGGAAGCAAAAAGGUGAGGAGUACAGACUGUUUGGAGGAGGAGGCUGGGUGUGGACAAGUGGUUUACAACUGCGGAAAAGGAAACGUCCAAAUAAUGAAAAGGACAGCUUUGUUAGCAAAAAACGAAGACUUUUGGACACUACAAAUAAAAUUGUAGCAUUUAAAGAGGCCAAAAGGAAGGAAGCAUUAAAAAAGGAAGCGGACAGGGUUGUUAGGGUCGCUGCACGAACAUCCUCUUCACAAGCUGAGCCUGUUUCAGUAGAGAAAACUACGAGAGCCCCUCAAAUAGUCACGACUAGUACAACAACCCUUGUUGCGGUACCAGCACAAAUGCAAACUGCAGUUACCACGUCAUGUGCUACUUUAUUAAAAUCAACAGCACCUCAGACAGCUCAGUCUACUACAAUCACCACCGCGACAAAGCCUGCACAAAAUCUUGUUUCCGUUCAACGUGGAGCUUCUCUAGCCUCCUCAACUCAAGGACCAAUAACAGCUCUUCGAAUGGUCCAACCUGUUACUACUGUUGCUUGUACAACGCCAGCAAAAACUCCUGUCACACUUCAAAAUGACGCCAUGUCAACGUCUUCAACAUCAGUUCAAUCAGCCGGUCCUCAAAAGGGCCAAGCUACAACAACAACUACGGUUACUCCAGUCACGGCUGAAAGUGUCGUCACAUCAACAUGCGCAACUUUAGCACAACCAUCUGAGCAAAAUGUCUCGAAACAGACGUUGGCACCCUCUUUUCCUUCUCUCAAUACUUCUAGUACUUCAAUGUUCAAGGCUGCCGUGUCAUCUAAAAUGUCUCCUAAUCUUUCUAAAGUUGUUUCACAGAAUGAUAGCCAUAAAAUUUCUUCUCAUCAACCAUCCGUUAGCCUGUUAUCAAUACGUGAACCAGUCUCUUCUCCUACGUCAUCUGAAGAAACUACGAGUUCAUUGACACAAGAAGCUUCCUCGUCUCUUCAAACUCCUUUCAGUAGUCUCACUCAUCCAUCGUCCACGCUGCCAUCAGAGAUGCCCUCUUCAGUUCUACAGACGAAUGGGCAGAUCCCCUCAAGUACAACCUCAUCCACUCCACUGGUUGUCUCAUGUACUUCUCUCGAUCUUGCACAGUCUUUGUCAACCUCCUCGGCUCAAGGUUCUCAGACAAUCAAUUCCCCCAGUGAAUGUCCAAAUCUACCACAGCCAUCAACCCCAGCCAACCGUGUCUCCACUGAGGCAGCUGUUGAAGCGUCUCCAGUUCCACCUACUGCUAUACUAAGGGAUUCCUCCCCAAGUCUGGAUUCUUCACCUUCGCCAAGUGCUUUAAACAUAGCUGGGGACCAUGAUAAUCAUCAUCAAUUACUGGGAGACGAUCGUAAACCUAAUGCUUUAAUGCCGGAGAAAAUUACACAUUCUCAAGACCAUGUGACAAAUUCUAUGAAACAGGAUAAUGCUUUGUCUAAUUUGGAGUCGCAAGGAAUUACCCAUGAAUCGUCUAGCUCUGUUAAAGAUUCAGACACAUUCUCGAAUAAAACCGGGCAUGGAGUGUCUGAUCAGGGUAGAACAGAAGAUAAGUUAUGUGCCUUUGAGAAUAAACCAGUUGAUACUACUCAAGGAACUGAAGUUUCAUCAACAGAUUCAGUAGAUGUUCCACAUGAACAGGAAUCCAUAGAUAUUGCAAGGGAGAACAUGCGAAAUGGGGCUGAAAAUUUGGCGGGCCAAAAAGGUGUACCUCUGAAAACGAUGGAUCAUCAUUCCACGAAGGAAGUACAGAUGGAAGAUACUGUGGGACAAAUGCAGUCUCUUGAGGAUAGCGGGUCAGUCGAGGGUCAAGAAAAAACUUCGGUGAAGAGCAAUUUGAGUUGCCAUGAGGUUUCCUCAACUAAUGACGAUUUACUUGACUGUCAAAAGGGACAUUCAGCGUCCUCAGAAGAAUUUGUGUCAAAAAAGGAACAAAUUAAGGACUUUAAAAAGGAGCUUCCAGCAAUAGAGAAGACGGCCGGCGUUUGUUUUAGCAACAACGAGACUAUUUGUGGUAGCGAGAUGUUGCCGGCAAGUCAAACCUCUGAUGUCCUUGCCAAUGAGCUUCUGUCACAAGACAAUGACGCAAAAGAUUUAAAAGAAGGAGAUGGAUCAUUAAAUUUGACUGAAAAGAAAACAGAUGAUAAACUUGAUCUAAAAACUGCCAUAGAAGGUAGUUUAGAAGAUUCAGACGUAAAUUUUAGCGACAUUCCCGCGCAUGAGGAGGUUGGCUUUGCGGCAAGCAAUGAUUUGAUGGUUAACAAAGAGGACAAUCCUUCGCACUCUGAUAGUAGUAAACCGUAUAACACUUGUAAACUCCAUGAAGAGUCCCUGUUGGAUAAUGAUAUAACAACAAGUGUCUCCGCAUCAAGAGUUAAAAUUGCUAAGGUUCCUUCUGAAACGUCUUGUUCAGAAUUAACUCGAGCUAUUGAGAUGGAAUCUACAAUUCCGCUUGAUCGCGCCAGAAAAAGCAAACAGACCUCGAGAGAAACUGAAGCGUCCGAAGGCAAUAUAAGUCAAACGGACCCUGAACAGAGUACAAUGCGCAAUGAUCAUUCAGCCAGUACUGGAAAUGAGAGCAGUGAUGUAGUCGAUACGAAUGCAACGACUUGUCAUGCAGCAACGGUUUCUCAAGGGACCGACGAGUCGCAGUCUUUGAAGAAUGCAGACGAGAAUUCCUUUAUUAACUCUAAAACCUCAUCCAAUUCUACUGAGAUUGGUAAUGCUGAUCCCGAAAAGAGCUGCAUCUCUACAGAGGAACCGAUGGACGUUGAUGCGACCAACCCGUCGUCUAAACAUAUCUCUUGUAAAGCUUCAUUAUCUCAGUCAAGUACUUGCAAUACUAAAGAGCAACCUAUGGAUAUUGAUGUUACCACAGCGUCAUCUUCAGAAACAGCACCUUUGACUAGCAUUGCUUUAUCAAAAAAUACAGGCCCUGGAUCUCAAUCUGCAUCGAGUAUAGAAAAGUCAACCAACUCUUCUUCAUCUACCAAUCAAGAAUCCUCAGUUCAGAAUGAUAUUGGAGCAAAAACCAACAUCGAGAGUCUUUCAGGCACUGUAACUACCGAUAUGUGUUCUACAGCAGCCUUACCUUCAGCGUCUCUGCCUUUGUCAUCUGGACCAGCUAAAACAGACACUACAGGGGAACAGCUCCCAGACAAAAGAACUCAAGUGAGUUGUCCCUUGCCUUCGACGACAACAAGUGUUUUACCAACAACGUCUCCACCUGUAUCGAUAUCACAACAACCUCAGGUUUUGGUAAGUGCUGUAACCACCGCCAGUCAUUGUCCAUCUCCAGUGACUCCUGUAGCAUCAACUCUACAACCGGCCGCUGUAGUAAGUGUUAAAACAACAACCUCAUUGAGUACGCAACCUGCAGCAUCAACUGAGUCAUCUUCUACAGCCUCAGUAAGCCGGCGAGUAGUUCUUGGAGGUUCCCAAGGCAUCGCGAUGGGACAAUCACCUGUGGUCCCAUCGGCCCCGUCAGUGUCAGUCAAAGUAGUAGCUGCGUCACCCACGGUAUUAACAACAACAGCUACCAGAUGUAUUGCUCCACAGAAAACAGCCAUUACUGUACGACCACAAGGGCAAGCGAGCCAUUAUAUACCUAUAGGACCAAAGCCCAUACUCCCUUCUCCGAGGCCACCUGGUGUUGCCACUGGUGUCCAAGGAUCCAGUGUGGUGAGAAUCAGUACCCAGCCUGCAGCUGCCUCGAGGCAGCAGACUAACCUGGCUCCUGUGAAUAGCAUAGCUGCGUUGGUAGCAAGUAUUCCAACAACUGGUGCAACCAUUGGACCAACACAGCUUAUUAAGCUAGUCACGCCGGAUGGUAAGACCUUGACCCUGCAGGGGUCGCAGCUGGCUGCUAUUGCCCAGCAGGCAGCGUCCCCAAUGGGGCUUGCUGUACCGAAGACGAUAACAGUACAAGUUGCAACAACUGCCGUGCAGCAGAAUUCACCCGCAACUGUCCAAAAGACGAUCGGCGUCAAAACACCAGGCGCCAGCAUCACUGUGCAGAGAACACAACCACAAGUUGCACUAGCAAAACCUCAAGUUGUCAUCACUGCAAAGGCUCCCCCAUCCAAAUUGGUGAAAGAGGAAAAGUUCCCAUCGUUGGAACCGCUCACCAAAGAUCCUCGUGUACUUUUGAAUCGAAGGUUAGCCAAGUGGCCGUUGCGGCACUCGGUAAAGAGCGUGUUCGCACUCCGAAACCACGAACGUCGAAAACUCGGUAGGAAAGCGGGGAUGAAAGAGGUCAGUGGAUUCUCCUACACGUCGCGGGGUGUUGUAAAACACUGGCCUGCGGGAAUACCUCGUCCUUCUUUCAAGGUGGCAUGGCGCUUCCGUACCCAGAGUUUAAAGACACUGGCUGGUGCAGGGCUCCAGCUCAGGAUUCUGCAGUCCUGUUUGAAAUGGGAAGAGAUGAAUAUCAGGCCGCCUCGGGGGAAUAGCAACACUGUGUACACAAGCUCGGGUGAGUGUUACUGACAUUAAAAAAACGCUUUGGUUGUGUUCUAAGUUGAUGGACUGGAAAAAGGUCAAAAUCUUAGUAACAACUUUCUGGCGAACCUCAAUAGUUAGUAGUAGACCUGCUAGUUUACGUCUAACUGUGACCUCCAUUACAAAAUACUUUUAUUGCUUUCUUAAGGUACUACGACAACAGAGAUUACAGACAGGAAAUUCGUUUCCUUGGAUGGUCUCUGCUGCAAGUAUCUCGUGCGUAAAACCGUGCGUACUCUAACCAAACCUAUGGCAGAACCACCUCGUCCGGCCCCCACCAAGAGCAAGAGAGGUCGAACGCUGAGGCCUAAGAUUGUCCUACAGCCUGACGAUGAGGACGAGGCCUCAGUUCCGUCUGGACCGCGAAUCUUGGAAGCUUGGUACCCAGAGGUAAAUAACUUAACCAUGAUGAAAGUGAAGAUGAGUUAAAUUUAGGCUGGGAUUGAAGCGAAAUACGAUGUUUUUCAUUGAUGCGAGCGUAUGAGGAAAACAUCUUAUUGCGUUCAAAAGGAAUAAACCCAUGAGCCGUGGCGAGUGAACGAAAUCUACUGAACCGCUGUGGUUCCACCCCUUUUUGCAAAACGCCAGAUUUGUUAGGCAAAAAGCACACUAGGCCAUCAGUAGAUUAUCGCAGAAGUGACAGUGAAUCGAAAACGAGUUUUGCUCGAACGAUUUCUUUGAGUUUCUUUCCAUGGAACCGAGGCGCUCAUUCCACUAAAUGAAUUUUUGUAUCAGUGGAAGUCAACAGUUGUCAGAAUGUCUAGUCUUAAACUUCGUUCGUGGAACUUGAUACUUUUUCUUUGGAUCCUUUAAUCCUGUGAACCACUCACGUGACGUAUUUGCUUGUCUGGUUUGUUUUAUGAUAACAAGGCAAAGCUUGAACUUUGGGAGAUACGUCAGUAUCACGAGCGAAUCGACCGUGAGAGAGCCUUGGAACGAGAGAAGAAGGAACAGGAGGAAGCCAUCCGCAGGGCAGCGGAAAUGCGCGCCGCCGCGCUUCAACGGAAACAACAAGAACAGCAGACGCGGCAGCAACAGCAGCAUCUGCUGAAGAUGAACAAGAAAAAAGUUCAGAAUGCCAUCAAGACUCAGCAACGAAAGGGGACUGGUAACAAACCCAUUGUUGUUAAUCAGCCUGUUACUUUAAAGCCUGCUGUGACUCCACCAGUACCCCUUGGAGCUCUGCGUCGAACUCUACCCGCCGUGCGCCCCGCUGUUCCCAAGCCCUCAGGGAUCCAAUCCGCGGGGUUAAGACCGCAGAUUGUACCACGACCCACGGUUGCCAAUUCGACACAAUCUGUGCAGUGGUUACAGCCCAAACCACAGGUUUCUCAGCGUGUUUCUACUUCUGUGAUUCCAAAUAACGCGUCACGUGCUGCUGGGACUCCUGUUCAAGGCGGAUUAGCGAGUAACACAGGUGAAUUAAAAUGAUUGAAUCUACGUCACAAUUGUAGACAGAUGAAAAAAUAUCAAGACGAGUCGGAACGGACCAAAACGUAGAUCUGAAGCGAACCUUAGCAGUUACAAGGACACUUUGUUCUCUUUGUUUGAUUUUUCACUUGGUAAACACAAGGCUAUGCUCGCCCAAAUGCAAACGCAUUUUUCGUUGUUGUAACCGACUGAGAAGUAUAGGUGUUUUCUCAUUUGAUUAGUCUGAUAAUAAUUCUUUAUCGCCGUUAAGUUUCAUCUUACAUUGCAAUAAUUUGUCUUUCAGUUACUCGCCCUGCCCCUGCAGUGCCCUUGUCCACAGUUGCCGGAGUCCGGUCCAACCCUAUGGCAACAUCCAGGAUGAAGCAUUCCUCUAAAGAUCAAGUCAAGCAGACAGUCAAGACAAAAUCUCGCAAGGGGGGAGGGGCUAUGCCCAUGUUGCAUCAUAAAAAAUAUGUGACUUUAGAAUCGAGACAAGACUUGAACAGGUAAGUAUCUAAAUUUAAAUCAAACUGGGAGUUGAGGUUUUCAUUUUCUUUCAAAAGAGUUACCAUCAGUUGUAGCGCUAAAACAAAUCAAGACUUAAGAUUUCACGCGAUUACUGACUGCAACAUCCUCUCUAUUAGGCGAUGCAGCAAAAUUUUGCUGAUUCUAGCAGUAUCCAGAGAGAUAGUCGUCUAUGUGCUUUGAAUUACCAACAAUAACUCGCGCUGAGUUCUCUGUAACCCACAAGUCAGAGCCGGCAUCACACCAUCAAACAAAGGGUCACUGAUGGGAUCCUGUCGACGGCCUAAAAUUUUUCUUUGCUUCACCCUAGCGACAUGUGAAACAAACACCAUUUUAACCUAAUCAAUAUUUUGUGUUUCGAAUCACAAUUCUCUUUUUAUGGGAAUAAUUUCAUUUAGAAGCAUAACCUUUUUAUGUCUGUAUUCAGUGAUAACUUGUACUUCCCUUUUUAUCAGGUCCUACAUUUUUUGUUGUUAUUCUUUAGACUUGCCAUUUGUCGAAAAGUUCUUGAUGGCAUUUUGGAUAAGAUUGAUCGAAAUGAAGAUGCUGAACGGAAAAAAGAAGAGAAAAAACGCGCAAAGGAAGAAAACCAGGCACUUAGACUGGAACGACAGAAAGCAAACAAACUCAGUAUUUUACUUCAGAAGCGAAAGGAGGCGCUUAAACGGGAAUUGAUGCGUAAAAGGGAUCUCCUGGAGAGAGAUCUGAUAUUAGAGCUUCAGCAGCAGCAGCAGACCAUAAAGAACAAACGAAAGCAAGGGGCUACGGAGAGAAGGAACUCACAGAGUACACCAGAAGGGCCCAAGGCCAAGAAGAAGAAAAUUGAAGAAGAACGACUCUUUUGCAUUUGUAAAAAACCCUACGACCCAUCCCAGUGAGCCUGUGCUUUUGUUUCUUUUUCGUUGUAGUAAUUAAUGUUUAUUGGAUAUUGGUAGAUAGAUAUCAGGUGGAUAACAUACUGUCACAGUUUUCGAAAAAAUUUACAGUCAUUUAUUUUUACUGCCUCAGAUUUUACAUCGGAUGUGACAUGUGUGCAAACUGGUUUCACGGAAGUUGUGUCCAGAUCUCUCCAGACGUUGCACGAAGUAUGGAUGAGUGGACUUGUGCCGAGUGUGCCCAAGCUCGCCGUGGAGUGGAGGAGGAAGAACUCUAUUGUUUGUGUCGCCAGCCAUAUGACGAGAAAAAGUAAGCAUGUGUUAUGUUGGUUCAGCCGAUAUUUUAUUUAGAUAUGUAGAUAUAAAGGACAGUCACUUUAACAGGUUUUCCACGGAGCUGAGACCAAGACAUUGUUUCUUGAGAGAUGUUUCGUGCAAAUGAAACCAUCCCAAGGAAGAAGCUUUGAAAUGAAAGUUUUAUCUUAUCUGCCGUUUUUUAUCACAGUGGUCGCUUAGUUUUUAUACAGAGCGGAGAAAUACUUUUAGAGUCUAGACAUUUCUUCAUAACCUUAUAAUUUACUAACCUCAAAGGUUAUAAUGAUUUGUUUUUAUCAGGUUCUACAUCGGCUGUGAUAAAUGCCAGGACUGGUUUCACGGAGCAUGUGUUGGAAUCACACCUGUUGAAGCUGAAAAUAUCGAGUAUUACACUUGCCCGCAGUGCACUCAGUCUCAGGCUCAAGCGAACAAGCAGCCGCUGACCGGCAAAGACUACGAUUCACUUAAACGAUUGCAUAGAUCGUUACAGGUUAGUUGAGAGGCAGGAUUUUUUUUGUCAUUCUGUAAACUAUGAAAAGGUGAAAAUAAUCCUCAAUAGGAUUGUGGAUGUUUAGGAAUGGUGAACAGUAAGACUGAAUGUCAAUUUGGGCUCAAUGUUUUACGAUGCAGAAAUUUUGGCAUAUCUCCAUAAACAUUAAGUCAGAAGUUUUAAUGCUGAUGUUUUAACGCCCCAUUCAUGUCGCAGAGCCAUAAAAUGGCGUGGCCUUUCCUAGAGGGUGUCAAUGCAGACGAGGUUCCCGAGUAUUAUGACGUCAUCACUGAUCCAAUGGGUGAGUCGAUUCAUGUAUGCCUCAGGAAAUGGAAAAAAGUAUACAAGAUUUUGUGCCUUUUUUAAGCGACAUUCUUUAUGUUUAUGGUCAAUUAAUUGUAGCCUUAUUGUUUGCAAGUGCUGUCCUUGUCCCAAGUGGUAAGAAGACUUUUCACGCGAGGCUUUGCUUUCGUCUUUCUUGCUUUCUUCGUUUUCUAUGAGUUCGGUAGAAUUUACGGAGAUGACUUCUGUUACUGCUGUUACCAACGCUUUUUCUUUUAAAUCAAAUGAUAUUUAUUUCACAGUAUUUCCUCUUUUUCUUGCUAGACUUGUCCAAAGUCGAGGAACGUCUGAAUUCCAAGUCUUACUCGUGCCUGGAAUCGUUCGUCAGUGAUGUAACCAAGAUUUUUGACAACUGCCGCUACUUCAACCAGAGAGAUUCACCGUACUACCGCUGUGCUGAAGUAUUGGAAAGCUUUUUCGUGCAAAAACUACGGGCGUUGAAAACCAGAAAAUAGACUGGUCAGCGAAUGCUUCUAUCUAAUGUUAACAAAGGUGGCUAAGAAAACUUAUCCUCCUGACUGACAAUCGGAACAAAAGUUAGCUACACACUUCGUCCUCUUGGACAGUCGUAGUGUAUAAACUGCGACGUCUUCGACAAAAACAGAAAAAAAGGCGAUGUUCUUAAAAAAAAAAGAUGAUGAUAAAUUAGCUGAAUUUGCCUUCGAUCACAGUUUGACGAAGCCAUGUAUCUGAUUGGUUAUUGUGCAAGCCAAUCAUAUAAGCAAACGCUCACAUUCCUUCUUGAGAUCAACUAUGGGUUGUAAGUUAUUUAAGGGAAGUUAAGGGGAGAUAGAAUCUUCCCCAAAGACUCAUCUUGGCGAAAAACUGUUAUUAUGGAAGGAAAAAUAGAUUAGCCUGUUAACUAUUGCCGUGUCACAGACCUAUUAAAUUGAAGGAAACUAAAGCGUCCGUAAUUGCCGAUGUCGUAAUAUUUUUGGUUUAUUGUUAAGAAGGAAAUCGUGUAGACCAACCAUCAUGUAUUAAACAAUUUGUAAUCAAAUUCGACUGGUUUCUUGGUACAACAGCCCUGAACUACAUAUUUCUUUUCGUUGUAUGAAAGAGCCAUAACCGAAACACUCAAAUAGCCUGUUAUUUUUGACCCCGUUCUUAUCAAAUUUGGUGUGCGGUUUUCCUUAUUUAAAGCUUGUUCAGUGCUUCUGUUCUUCCCUUGCAGUGGUUUAUGGUCGUGCUGUUCUUUUUAUUUAGCGCACUGAAUAAAAUGAAGGCUCUUCUGCCCAGUUACGACUAUCAAGAGAAUGUAAGAUUGUUACCCGAUUAAUGAGAAAAUACGAGAAUAUGUUACCCGAUAAUCAGUAGAAUAUGAGAUUGUUACCCGGGCUGGUUAAAAAAAUUAAAGGGAACAUUUGUGUCGAAGUUCAAACAUUAUUUUUACUAAUGACUGACAAGCCGUAAAUUAAAGGGUGCUAUAAAUUUUUCAAUGGGUGAAACAGUGACGGGUUUCUAGAAGUAGAUAAAUUAAGUUGAAAAAAAUAUAUUGAACCGUCCUUGUUAAAGGUGCCAUGAAUCGUGAUUUUACUAUGUACUGGCAGAUAAGGAAAGUCACUCAUUGUAUUGAUCUGGUUGCCCGAGCUAAUAAACCA